GCCUGUCCCGCCCCGCCUCCUCCGUGAGAGCCUGGGUUGUUGGGUCUCGUCAAUUUCACCACGCCUGCUUUCCCAGUCUUCCGGUCUCGGAACCCUCCGCUGCGCAGUCAUGGCUCAGCACUUCUCCCUGGCCGCCUGCGACGUGGUGGGCUUCGAUCUUGACCACACGCUGUGCCGCUACAACCUGCCCGAGAGCGCCCGGCUCAUUUAUAACAGCUUUGCUCAGUUCUUAGUCCAGGAGAAGGGGUAUGGUAAGGAGUUGCUCACUCUGACGCCUGAGGACUGGGAUUUCUGUUGCAAGGGUUUGGCGUUGGAUCUGGAAGAUGGGACCUUCAUUAAACUCGCAGCUGACGGCACUGUGCUCAGGGCAAGCCACGGCACCAGGAUGUUGACUCCGGAGGCACUGGCGGAGACCUAUGGCAAGAAGGACUGGAGGCACUGUGUGACAGACAAACACUGUGCAUCGAGUGUCGACAUUCCUUGCUGCUCAGGAAAGUGUUACUUCUAUGAUAACUACUUUGACCUGCCCGGGGCUCUUCUGUGUGCCAGGGUGGUGGACUCCUUAACAAAGCAGAACAGAGGUCAAAAAACAUUUGAUUUUUGGAAGGAUGUAGUUGCUGGUAUACAACACAAUUUUAAAAUGUCAGCCUUUAAGGAAAAUUGUGGGUUCUUCUUUCCAGAAAUAAAAAGAAAUCUAGGCAAGUAUGUGUAUCGCUGUCCUGAGUCUGUAAGAAGGUGGCUUCGACAGCUGAAGGAUGCUGGGAAAAUUACUAUGUUGAUCACCAGUUCUCACAGUGAUUACUGUAAACUCCUUGGCACUUAUAUCCUUGGGAAGGAUUUUGCAGACCUUUUUGACAUUGUGAUUACAAAUGCAUUAAAGCCUGGGUUCUUCUCACAUUUCCCAAGCCAGAGGCCUUUCCACACACUCGCUCUCAAUUUGAUUAUUUCCUGCCAUCUAAUUCUCUUGGAGAAUGAUGAGGAGCAAGAGGAGCUGCCCUCUUUGGAUAAACCUGGCUGGUACUCCCAAGGCAAUGCUGCCCACCUUUAUGAGCUUCUGAAGAAAAUGACUGGCAAGCCUGAACCCAAGGUUGUUUACUUUGGUGACAGCAUGCACUCAGAUAUUUUCCCAGCCCAUCACUAUAGUAACUGGGACACAGUCCUCAUUCUCGAGGAGCUUCGGGGGCAGGACGUGGAGAAGGCUGAGGAAGCAGAGCCUCUGGAGAAGAGAGGAAAAUAUGAGGCACCAAAGGUAAAGCCUCUAAAUUCCUUAUCUAAUAAAUGGGGCUCGUAUUUUAUUGACUCAGUCUCGAGACGAGGGAAUGCAGAAGACGCCAUGGUUUAUACGUGGUCCUCGAGGAGAAUCAGCACCUACAGCACUAUUGCAAUUCCAAGUAUUGAGACAAUUGCAGGUGCCUGUGGAGGCCACCUGGUGUAUGUGCUUGGACUGAACUAGGGUCCUCUGGAUGAACAAUGGAAGCUCCCCAGCCCUGCCUUUCUUAUUCCAAAAGUUUUUCCUCUGCACCCUAGGAGAGAACUUAACAGGGCCUGCUUCUCUCUGAGGAGCUAGUAAGCAGGUCAAACAAAACUGAAAGGAGCUCUGUUUCAUGGCUGGGAAAAGGGAAGAGGGUUGUUUGUAUCUUAUUUGUUCUGAUGUUGGAGACGCCUCCUCACAAUGUAACACAGUAAUCACAUUCUUAGGAACAAGUUGGGUCUCCUACAGAACCCUAGCUUGAUUAUGUCAGCCACAGACUCUGUAGUUAGACAACAUUGUAUUGCUUAACUCAGAAUGAGAAAGGCAACUCAAAAUAAAGUAUAAUGGUCCUAAAAUAUUUUAGGACUCAAAUCCUGCUGGUUUCUGUUGAAGUCCCCAGAGCUAUUCUGUUUCUCUGUGUUAUUUUACAUUGUAGGAAUGUGUUCAUUUUUGUUCUCUGCAAAAAACUUUUGUUCCGCAGUUGGAAUAAUAUAGCUGAUAUAGUGGACUCAGGACAGAAUGUAAGAGAAAACUGCUACAGUAAGCGAGAAUCAGGAGAAGGGGGUUCUUUUCUAUUUUGUUCCUAGUAGUCAGGUACCACCAGUGACUUCCUACCACAGAGAGGGAACAGUUUCCUUCUCACUGACUCGACAGUCUCAUGAAUUGCUAGUUUGAUCUUCUUUGGUUUUGGCCUUAGUUUGGCUAUUCUAUACACAGAUGAAUGCAUGACCUGGGGGAGGGGGGUGACGUGCAUGUGUGCGUGGUGUGUGUGUGUGUUUACGUGCAUAGCUACAUGUGCACUUGCACAUGCAUGCUUCAGGCAGCAUCCACCUUUCCCUUUCACAGAGCUGGAACUCACCGAGUAACCAAGUAAGAUAGGCUGGCUAGUUAGUGAACGAGCUAGAGAGCCUGGCCUCCCCAACAGUGUUGUACAGCUGUGCACCGCUGCACCCAGCUCUUCAGAGUGGGUUCUAGGGAUCCAGCUAGGGUCCUUGUGUAUGUGACAAGUACUUUACCAAAUGAGCCACCUCCCGAGCCGCAUGUUUAUUUUUUUAAUUUCUUUUUAGUGAGGUGUGUAUAACUGUGCACACACACAUAUGUGUGGGUCUCAUAGAGGCCAGAAGAGGACUUCAGAUACCAUGGAGCUAGGGGCAUAGGUGUUAGUGAGCUGCCUAAUAUUAAUGCUGGGAUCCAAAUGCUGAUCCUCUUGAUGAAGCAGCAAGCGUUGUUAGCCCCUGAGUCAUCUCCCCUAUUUUCUUUUCUUUUUCUAUUUCUUUUUCUUUUAUAAGGCUUAUUUUUAUUACUUUAAAUGAUGUGUGUCUGUGUAAAUCUGUGCCUCUGCUGGUAUGUGCAGUGGAAUGCAGGGGUCCACAUGGGCAUCAGAUCCCCUUGGCGCUGUAGUUACCAUCAGUGUGAGCCAGUUAAUAUGGACUCUGGAAAUCACGCUCGACUCCUCUGUGAGAUCAGUACAUGUUCCUAACCACUGAGCCAUCUCUCCAAUCAACCCUACUUUUUAAGGUCAGGGUUUUUAGGGUCAGGGAAUAGAGGCCAGGAGAGGGCAUCAGAUCCCUGAAGUGGAGUCACAGGUGUUUCUGAAAAACAUGAAGUGGAUGCUGGGAACCAAAUUCAGAUCCUCAAGAAAAGAGCAGCAAAUGCUUUUAACUAUGAAGUCAUCUUACGGAACCCCAUAUUUCUUUAUUUUUUUAAGAUUUAUUUAUUCAUAAUGCAUACAGUGUUCCAUCUACAUGUAUGUGUACAAGACAGAA